CUCUUCCUGCAAUUGAAAUUCUACCGUUUCUUUCCUUAGUUAUCUCCGGUUUCCUUCAUUCCAGAUUUAAAACUGAGGAUUUUGCGUAUACCCAUCUCUUUGAUGAUUUUGCAUAUUCAAUCCAAUAACUUUUCGAGAUGAAUCAACCAUCUGUACAAAUCAAAUACACAGAGCACAGAACGGUUACCAGUAAGCUAGUGAAGGUAUCGGCAUCGAGCGAGUGGGCUUUUAUGGACUCCGGCAGACUCAAAACCCCACGAAUUGUGCGGAUUUCAGUCAUUGACGGGGAUGCCACCGACUCAUCAUCAAGUGAUGAGGAUGAGGAGUGCAACCAGAAGGUGAAAAGGCAUAUCAACGAAAUCAAAAUUGAAACUUGUUCGGCGGUACGAUUCACCAGGACAAUCAAGCAGCAGCAGAAGAAGAAGCUGAAGAACAAUACGGCGCAUGGGAGAUCGAAAAAGCAGCAAACUUUUCCGAGCAGCGUCGUCAAGUAUAUUGGGGUUCGACAGAGGCCAUGGGGAAGGUGGGCAUCGGAGAUCAGAGACCCUGCUACCCGCACCAGAGUCUGGCUGGGAACUUACGACACCCCAGAAGAGGCCGCCUUGGCCUACGACAAUGCUGCCAUUCGCCUCAAAGGUCCCGGUGCGCCCACGAAUUUCACACAAUUUCCUCCGAAAUUUAUUCCCCCUCAGAUUGAUAUCGACUUGGAUACCGUUUCUGGGUAUGACUCCGGUAAGGACUCUCAAAGCAUCUGUUCACCCAUCUCCGUCCUCCGUUUCCAGUCCAACGAGGAAAUAAAACUCGGAGCAGAGUCCAAACCAGAGUCUUUCCAUGAACAGAGACCCAACUCGGACUGGCCCGUGGAAACCAACUGGGUUCAGGAGCUAAAAGAAGAAUCCCAGUCUUUUCAUGAAUAUCUAUUAGAUCCCGCCUCUGUCUAUUCUGAGUGUCCUCCGACUAUAUUCGCUGGUGAGAUUGGGAUGAUAUUACUUGAAGAGACAAAUUUGAAGGACUACUGUUGCAAUUUCUUAGAUAAAUUAGAUAUAGAUUUUGAUUCUUUUUCUGGGGAUAUUGAAAAUUAUUUCUGAUUCUAGAAUUUUAUAUGUCUUAUUUGAAUCCCAGUAAAUAUGUAAAUAUGAUCUCUGUUUCUGCUUUUCUAUUGGUGUGUUGGUCUUAGUUCUUUGCUCUGUUUAUAUUGACUCUUGAGUGUGAUUCAGUGUUAAUGGGUUGGUGAUAUAUUUUUAUGGAUUAUGAAGAUGUUAAUAAAGAUGUUAAGUUGCA